CGCCGCCGGGAGGGUAAGGGUAAAAGAAAAAGAAGCGGCAAACAAUUCUAACAUUCUACACUCUACUCUUGAGCUCGAGCUAUCUAUCCCUUCCUUUCUGUUUUCCAUCAAUGGUGAUCGGCACUUCUUCGAGGGUUUUCAACGGCAGCAGCCAUCUCUCGUCGUUGGCUCCACCGACAUCUCCGGGACACCGAAAACCAAGUUCGAUUUUCCCUUCGAAUGCUUUCCUCCGCUUCUCUUCUCCCUCUCCUCGCCGAUAUUGCUCUUGCAGCAUCUCUGAGCCGAAGAUGAGGAAAGACGACGCCCGAGUGUUCGAGCUCUCGAAUUUGACGGCCUUGUCGCCGUUGGACGGGCGGUACUGGAGUAAAGUGAAGGACUUGUCUCCAUACAUGAGCGAAUAUGGUCUCAUAUACUACCGCGUACUUGUUGAGAUUAAAUGGUUGCUGAAGCUUUCACAGAUUCCUGAAAUCUCGGAGGUCCCUGAGUUUAGCCAGGAUGCUCACUCGUUUUUGGAAGCAGUGAUCGAUGGGUUUAGUGUGGACGAUGCUAUGCAAGUUAAAAACAUCGAGAGAACGACCAACCAUGAUGUGAAAGCUGUGGAGUACUUCUUAAAGGAGAAAUGUGGAUCACAUCCUGAGAUUGCUAAGGUGUCAGAGUUUUUCCACUUUGCUUGCACCUCGGAGGAUAUAAACAAUCUUGCACAUGGAUUGAUGCUGAAAGAGGCAUUAAGUGGUGUCAUUUACCCUGCCAUGGACGAAUUGAUCAAAGAGAUAUCUAGCAUGGCUGAACGAUAUGCUUCGAUUCCUAUGCUUUCUCGCACUCAUGGACAGCCAGCGUCACCAACAACAUUGGGAAAGGAAAUGGCUGUGUUUGCUGCUCGGUUGAGCGAUCAAAGGCAAGAAAUUUCUCAAGUUAAGAUAAAAGGAAAGUUUGCUGGUGCAGUUGGAAACUACAAUGCUCAUAUUAGUGCAUAUCCCGACAUUGACUGGCCUCAGAUUUCCAAAGAGUUUGUUGAAUCUCUUGGGUUGUUUUUCAAUCCAUAUGUUACUCAGAUUGAGCCACAUGAUUAUAUGGCUAGGCUUUUCUAUGGAAUCACUUUGUUCAAUACAAUAUUGAUUGGUUUUGAUAGGGAUAUCUGGGGGUAUAUAUCCAACGUAUACUUCAAGCAGAUAACAAAAGCUGGUGAGAUUGGGUCGUCAACUAUGCCUCACAAAGUAAACCCCAUUGACUUUGAAAACAGCGAAGGUAAUCUUGGGAAAGCUAAUGGAAACUUAUCUCAUCUAAGUGAGAAGUUGCCCAUUUCACGUUUUCAGCGGGACUUGACCGAUUCAACUGUUCUGAGAAACAUGGGUGAAGGCCUGGGACAUUCUCUUUUGGCCUACAAGAGUACAUUGCAGGGUAUUGGAAAACUUCAGGUUAAUGAAGCUCGUUUGGCUAGGGACUUGGACCAGUGGUGGGAGGUGCUUGCAGAACCCAUACAGACAGUGAUGCGACGAUAUGGUGUACCAGAGCCAUACGAGAAGCUGAAAGAGCUGACAAGGGGAAGAGAUGUUACGAAGGAUAGCAUAAGAGAGUUCAUCGAAGGCCUGGAGCUGCCUGAAGAAGCUAAAUCGUACCUGCUGGAGUUGACACCCCACAACUACAUUGGAGCAGCUGCCGAACUGGCCAGGACUGUUGGUCUUCCUGACAAUGUGGCUGACCCUGAAGUGGAAACGCAUCAUAUAGACCAGCGAAAACGUAAAUAUGGAGAUUUCCAAUCUAGAAUGGAGACUGGUAUAGCUUACUGUGGUCGUGGGGUAUCCAUGCCUUCACAGCAUUCGAAAUCUUUGGUCUCUCCUUCAUCCAUCUCCCCUUCCUUCAGCUCCAGGAGCCUGAAGUCAAGCUCACUGUUUGGAGAAGCUUUGAAGUUGGUUCCAAGAUCAUCAUCAUCAUUUAAGGUUUCCAAGGCAAAGAGCACUUCUCUUAUCACCAGAAGUGAGAUUGGUGAUAGUCUGGAAGAGUUUUUGAAGAAGGCAACAACAGACAAGGGACUGAUGAGGGUACUGACUUGCAUGGGAGAGGCAAUAAGGACAAUUGGAUACAAAGUUAGGACUGCUUCUUGUGGAGGAACUGCCUGUGUCAACUCCUUUGGAGAUGAGCAGCUUGCUGUUGAUAUGCUUGCUGACAAGUUGCUCUUUGAGGCCUUGGAGCACUCUCACUUCUGUAAAUAUGCUUGCUCUGAGGAAGUCCCUGAGCUUCAAGACAUGGGAGGACCUGUUGAAGGUGGGUUCAGUGUUGCCUUUGAUCCACUGGAUGGAUCCAGCAUUGUGGACACCAAUUUUGCAGUUGGCACCAUCUUUGGAGUGUGGCCAGGAGAUAAGCUAACUGGGGUUACAGGAGGAGAUCAAGUGGCUGCCGCCAUGGGGGUUUAUGGUCCUCGAACUACAUAUGUUCUUGCAAUCAAGGGUUUCCCUGGCACUCAUGAGUUCCUCCUUCUGGAUGAAGGAAAAUGGCAGCAUGUGAAGGAGACCACCGAUAUCGGUGAAGGCAAACUAUUCUCACCUGGCAACUUGAGAGCAACAUUUGACAAUCCUGAUUAUGACAAGCUGAUCAACUACUAUGUCAAGGAGAAGUACACCUUGAGAUACACAGGAGGAAUGGUGCCGGAUGUUAAUCAGAUCAUUGUGAAAGAAAAGGGCAUCUUCACCAACGUCAUAUCGCCAACUACCAAGGCGAAGCUGAGGUUGCUGUUCGAGGUAGCUCCACUAGGGCUCUUGAUUGAGAAUGCUGGAGGUUACAGUAGCGACGGCCACCAAUCUAUUCUAGACAAGGAGAUCAAGGAACUCGAUGAAAGAACUCAAGUUGCUUACGGGUCCAAAGAGGAGAUAAUCCGGUUUGAAGAAACUCUAUACGGGAAGUCGAGGCUCAAGGAGGCUGGUGGUGUACCUGUUGGAGCUGCUGCUUAAAACAUUCCAAUACCACUGCUAGCUGCUCCUGCUUUGUCGAGCAAGAAAUUUUAAACUAUCUUGUACACAACUUGUCUCAAUAACUAGCAUAUCAGCCAGAUCCCAUGUCGCAGAUGGAACUGAAAGUCUGAAAAUGGUUUCACAUAUGAUGGAUGUGUAAUGCAGUAAUGAUCUGGUAUUUUGUCCUUCUGCUAUGAUUCAUUGG